AUGUACAAUCACCUGUGUCCAGUGAUUUGUCAGGUUGAUUCAGUGCCUGAGAAGCCGAAAAGGUCUGUGCUGAACCAGCUGACCCGUACACUGCUGCGCCACUACGACUGCGGGAUCCGGCCUGUCAUCAACUGGACAAGUCCUACAACAGUCUUCAUCGAUCUCAUUAUCCAAUCUGUGCUGGAUGUGGAUGGACAGAUGCAGAAAGUGACCACAAGCAUCUGGUAUCGCCAGAUAUGGAAAGAUGAGUUUCUUGUGUGGGAUCCUGAGGAAUUUGAUGGAAUCACAGAAAUAUCACUUUCUUCAGAUGCCAUAUGGGUGCCUGACGUCAUCAUCAGUGAAUUUGUGGAUGAGGGCAAAUCCCCUGUUAUCCCUUAUGUGUAUGUCAACUCCUCUGGGAUGGUGAAGAACUACAAACCCAUUCAAGUGGUCUCGGCCUGUGACUUGGAGAUUUAUGCCUUUCCAUUUGACAAGCAGAACUGCACUCUGACCUUCCGUAGCUGGCUCCACUCGGUGGGUGAAGUGGACCUGGCUCUUCUGAGGAACCCUGAGGAAAUUGCCACUGACACCCGAGAGUUCAUGAACAACGGAGAAUGGGAGCUGCUCUCAGUGCCUUCUCAUUACUGGAAGCUUAACAUGGCUAACAAGGAUUACGCCCACAUCCAGUUUAAUGUACUGAUCCGUCGGCGCCCCCUGCUGUAUGUGGUCAGUGUCCUCAUCCCCAGCAUCUUCCUCAUGUUAGUGGAUGUUAUCAGCUUCUACCUGCCACCAAACAGCGGCACCCGCAUCACCUUCAAAACCAGCAUUCUGCUUGGAUACACCGUAUUCAGGGUUAACAUGAUGGACGAAAUCCCAGCAACAGCCAUCAAAACACCUCUGAUCGGUGUUUUCUUUGCGGUUUGCAUGGUCCUCCUGGUGCUCAGCUUGGCUAAGUCCAUUUUUGUAGUGAAGCUCCUACAUCACAGUCAUGAAGAAGUGAAGGAAAUGUCCAUCAGUGCCUGCUUACUGGCCAAGUAUGGUUCAACUGAGCAGAGCUUCAGUGAGAGUCUGUUCACUUCUGUGAGGACGCUGGAUGACAUGGAUCACUCAGGAGGCUACGAGUUUGAUCUCUCUCCUGAGCCGGACCUGUUGUCUCUGACAGAAACCCAGCCCAGUCCACCACAGCUGGAGAAAAUCCUGGAAGAGCUUACCAUCCUUAAACUUUUCCUCCAGGAGGAUGAGAAUGAAGGCAUGGCUCAGAAAGAUUGGCUUGCUCUCUGUUACAAAGUGGACAAGUUCCUGUUUCGCAUUUAUCUGCUCAUCUUCACCGUGUACUCCAGCACUCUCCUGCUGCUGUGGAGUAGCUGGAGCUCAGGCUGA